GUUCCAGGCUGCCAACUCUGCAGCAGAAGAAUAAGAAACCGGAACUAAACUUCUCACUCAUCUGACUUCCUGCGGUUUACGACCACAGAAUUUGGUUGCACCGGAAAAGAACAGGUUCCCUUCCGUCGCAGAGUUUCGCUAUGGCUCGGGGCCCCAAGAAGCACUUAAAGCGUGUUGCAGCGCCGAAGCAUUGGAUGCUUGACAAACUAACGGGUGUAUUUGCACCUCGUCCAUCGACAGGUCCCCACAAGCUGAGGGAAUGUCUUCCCCUGAUCGUAUUCCUCAGGAAUAGACUCAAGUAUGCGUUGACUGGAGAUGAGGUAAAGAAGAUAUGUAUGCAACGUUUCAUCAAAAUUGAUGGCAAGGUUCGAGUGGAUGUCACAUACCCUGCUGGAUUCAUGGAUGUCAUCAGCAUCGAGAAGACAGGUGAACAUUUCCGCCUGGUCUAUGACACCAAGGGCCGUUUUGCUGUUCACCGCAUCACAGUGGAAGAGGCAAAGUACAAGUUGUGCAAAGUGAGGAAGAUUACUGUGGGAGUGAAGGGAAUCCCUCACCUGGUGACUCAUGAUGCUCGAACCAUCCGCUACCCAGAUCCUGUCAUCAAGGUGAACGAUACUGUGCAGAUUGAUUUAGGGACUGGCAAGAUAAUCAACUUUAUCAAAUUUGAUACAGGCAAUUUGUGUAUGGUGAUUGGUGGAGCCAACCUUGGUCGUGUUGGUGUGAUCACCAACAGGGAAAGACAUCCUGGUUCUUUUGAUGUGGUGCAUGUGAAGGAUGCCAAUGGCAACAGCUUUGCCACGAGGCUUUCCAACAUUUUUGUCAUUGGCAAUGUAAGACUUACACUCUCUUUACUUCUUUCUAAGAAGACGCAUCCUAAAAAGCAUAAAGACCUGCAUCCAUUACUGGUGUUCGUCUGUUUGUUCUUUUUCCAGUGUUAAGGUCACAGAGUGCAGGAAGCUCUCUAUUUAGAGCCUCUGAGAACAAACAAGAUUAGAUCUAGAGCCUUACACCUGCCUCUUCAGGUGGUCUGUGUGAGAUGCCAGCAGUGUCAUUCAGUAAAUUAAGUUAAACUCAGCCUUGCAACUUUUGCAGGGCUACAUCACUGGUAUGGGCUGGAUUAAGGUCACUGGCUCCAAUCCUGGUAGUGCUAUGCCCCCUUACUUUUGUAAGUGAGUCUGCUAAACCCCUCUGAAACUCCAUCUUACAGUUCAUCAGUGAACAUGGAGUUGAUGGAGAUUGAUGCAAAGGGGCUAUGAGUGAGUUGCUAAUUUGAGAAUAAGGGCAUUUACAAGGCACGUAACACUUGUUAGUUUACUUGUUCAAGAUGAUCUUGCUCUGGGAUCUUUUGAGACCUUUUCAGUGAAGGAGCACCUCUGAAAUCAUGCAGUGUCCUUACAUGGGAGUCACUUGCCCCAAGACUUAAGGAAAGGGCAACGGACAUAAUUGAAAAGGCUUUUUAUUUUUAUUUAUUUAUUUACUUUUUGAGAUGGAAUUUUGCUCUGUUGCCCAGGCUGGAGUGCAGUGGCGCGAUCUCAGCUCACUGCAAGCUCUGCCUCCUGGGUUCACGCCAUUUUCCUGCCUCAGCCUCCCGAAUAGCUGGGACUAAGGCGCCCGCCACCAGACCCGGUGAAUUUCUUUUUGUAUUUUUAGUAGAGAUGGGGUUUCACCGUGUUAGCCAGGAUGGUCUCAAUCUCCUGACCUGGUGAUCCACCCAACUUGGCCUCCCAAAGUGCUGGGAUUACAGGCGUGAGCCACCACGCCUGGCCAGCUGAAAAGCUUUUCAUCAAGCUAUUCAGUCCCGGGAGCAGCAUCUUUCACUUGUACCCUGGCAGUCCUUAGGAUAUUUGAGAGAAGUGGUACAGAGGCGAAGCCUGCUGUUGUUUUUUUGGCUGUGCCACUCAGAAGCUCUAUAGUUGGGCCAUUCCUCUUCUCAGUAUUGAAUUAUGAAACCUCAGUUUAUACCUUUGAAAGCAGGGGAUCAGGGAAGUGAGUAAAUGCAUGUAAAAGUUCUGUAAAGCUGAUGAUAGGGUGCUGACAGUACACGACUUCAAAACUAUGAGAACCUGAAGUUAGUGGCCUUGCCUUUAAAGAUGCUUAUGAAAAACUUGUUGGCUGAUUGCUUCACAUAAAAUAGAAGCAGGAAGACCUUUAUUUAGCAGCUCAGCAGUGAGGAGUGGGAGGGACUGUGAGAGGCAGAUAACCUCUCAGGAGACAUGUAUAAGGAAGUGUUUAUUUUGUUUUAGAUUUUGUUGGGUGGUGUUCUGUUAGCUGGCUAUUAAUGUGAAGGAAGGUAUGAGGCAUGUGUGUUUUGGUGGGAUGUUGUUUUUCUCUCCUCCCUUUCUUUCUGUACUUAUUUUUAUCUCCUCUUCUAUUGCAGGGCAAUAAACCUUGGAUUUCCCUGCCCAGGGGAAAGGGCAUUCGACUUACUGUUGCUGAAGAGAGAGACAAGAGACUGGCCACCAAACAGAGCAGUGGCUAAAUUGCAGUAGCAGCAUAUCUUUUUCUUUGCACAAAUAAACAGUGAAUUCUCGA